AUGUCACGAAACCUUAGUGUAAUCUUCAUGGAUCAAGCCUAUUGGCUAGUCGCCAUCAAUGCAAAGCCAAAUCACGGAAUCUUUGGCUUCAUCUUUGGCAGUCUCAUCUGGUUUGCCUUGCCAAUGUGUUUCGGUACAGCUUGCGGUCUAGCCUAUCUUGCUUUAGAACUGAUCAACGGAGGGCCUAUAGUUUCGGCUAAAGAAAUUUCCAUGGGAAUUGCUCCCUUUGUUGUUAUUGGCAGUAUCCUCGGAGCGCCAGGUCAGUUUAUGUUCCUGAUGAUAUUGGCAAUGGCCUUGAUCACUUCGGGUUUUGUGCAGAUCUGGGCAGUCGCCUCGAUCCUACUCGUGGACAUAUACGGCGUCUACAUUAGGGUGAGUUGGAAAUAUUGCAGAAACCAGUUCACGAAGAUGAUUUGGUAA